UUCCCGCCUAACAAGAUUUCACAUGAAUUCGUCACUUCCGGAAUCCCAGACGGGCACCAGAGAGUAUUAUAUCCCAGAUGUGCACAGAAGCGAAAGUACUGGAGCAACAAAAUGAAUAUGGCCGCGGAAAGUAUCAGCUGUAAAUCUGACAUUUGUAUCAUAGGUGAACAAAUUGUUUGAUAUUCUGGCAUAUUUUUUUUCGAAGAUCAAAAGUAUUAUUAAAAUUAUAUUUAUUAAGUGAAUACUCAACACAUGAACAAUUCAUGGUGCGUGUGACUUCAGUGCGGUAGCGAGUAGACUUAUAAAAAUUGUUGGAUUUAAUUGUGUGAUAGCACGAUGCAAAGAAAAUCAACGCAGAAUUUUAUCGAGUAUGACCCUAAUUGCAAAGGAGCUUACGGAUGCCCUGUACGACUCAAUUUGGUACCUUACUGGUUUUUGGCCGCCCUUCGAAUAGUGUUAACUCUUCUCCCCCAGAUAGGAUAUAUUCAUCCUGAUGAAUAUUUUCAGUCACUGGAAGUUGUUGCAGGUGACAUACUUGAUGUCGAAGUUGCACGCCCGUGGGAAUUUAACACAACAUUUCCAAUUCGAAGUGUAGCAUUACCAUACAUAACUGUUGGUUUUCCCUUGGCAAUUCUAAAAUCAGUUUCCCCUUUGUUGGACUUUUGGUUUGGUAUAAAUAUUCUGACCCCAUAUACAAUAGUAAUUCUUCCUCGCCUGGUUUCUUGUCUAUUAUCAUUUGUUGCCGACUAUUGUUUAUAUCGUAUUUGUUACUGUUAUGGCCAAAAUUAUCGUGCAAGGUUGAUCACAUUUGCAAGUUCAUAUGUGGUUCUGGUCUAUGGAACUAGAACUUUCUCUAAUAUGACUGAGAUGGUAUUAACAUCAAUUUUACUUUGCCUUGUGGCUGAUUGUAUGUGUUAUUCUGAUCGUGUAAUAAUGCAAGACGAUUUUCUGAGCGAUAAAUAUGAUAAAGCUGCUUCACCUGUUGAGAGAGUCAAACUUUUUAAAAUGCGAAAUGCUUUACCAUCUCAUUCGUUGACGCAUUGCUUAGCUGUUGCUUCAGUUACUGUUAUUGGAAUUUUCAAUAGACCCACGUUUAUAGCCUUCGCUUUUCCUCCAAUAUUCUUUUGGCUGCAUAGAGGUCUCGGUUCAAAAAACAUUGGUUUUGGCCAUUUCCAUUUACGUAUCUUAACAUUUGUUCUAGCUGCUCUUCCUGCUGUUGUUUUAUUUAUUCUCAUUGAUUCAUUUUAUUAUGGGUAUUUGACAAAAGCUGAAAUUGGUCAUUUAGAAGUAAGUUUGAAUAACUUUGUUGUGACACCUCUGAAUUUUCUUCGUUACAACAGUAAUUCUCAAAAUUUAGCACAGCAUGGUUUACAUCCAAGAUACUUACACUUUUUGGUGAAUCUUCCAUUAUUGUACAAUGUUUUAGGAAUUUUGAGUCUGCUGGCCUUUCUCAGAAUGGUGUACAAAGGUGUACAUAAGCAGUGGAGUGACUUACCUCGUAUCCAAAGCAUCAUUGGACUGAUGACAGCAUCAUUCAUUCUACCAGUUGGUGUGCUGUCCAUGUUUCCACAUCAGGAAGCCAGAUUUUUGAUCCCAGUCACCGUGCCUAUUAUAUUUCUUCACUCACAGAGGAUUCGACACUCUUCCACCACAGAACGGUGGACAGAACGUGGAAAGUCAGCAAAAGUGUUCUUCAUGCGAAGUUCAAAUGGAAAUAUUAUGCUGACUCUGUGGUACCUCUUUAAUAUUGUUCUCACAGUAUUCUAUGGUUUUUUGCAUCAAGGUGGAGUAUAUCCUCUGAUGGAUCACUUCAAUCAGGAAAUGCAAACUAAACCAAGAUUGAUGACCAUCCAUGUUGUCACAAGUCACACUUAUUCUUUACCUUUGUCUUUGCUUCAACUUGAAAACUCAAAGCAUUCAGUUUUUGAUAGACAAACUGGCCAUCGCUAUAAACUUGCUAAACAAUUUUUUGCUUAUGAAAUGGGAUCUCGACCCCUACUUGAAGUUCAGAAGAAAUUGGAAGAACUUUUAGAAUCUUGUGAAUUUAAGUUGCGAAAUAAGAAAUUGGAUUAUCGUUUGUAUCUUGCCUUGCCUGCUAGUCUGAGUGAUGAUUUCCAUAUCACAAUUUAUAAUUCAAGCUCAAAAUUCUAUCACACUGUUUCAAGAGUGUUCUAUCCACACAUUUCCACAGAAGCCCUCCCUAAAUUGUCAGGGCAAACUGAAUGUUCCGAAGACAUAACAGAGGGAUAUUGUGAAAAGGAAACCUUCUAUAAUUCACCAUUAAAAUAUUUGACAAGGUUUAUUGAGCAAUUUGGAUUGGUUUUAAUUAGAAUUUCUGCUCCUCGAGCUCUGAAAUACAGUCAGUAUUGAAAAUGAAGAGGUGAGACAAGAGCUUCUGACUUUUGAAGUUUAUCCAAAGAAAAUUAUGUCCAACGAGAAAGAAGUAGGAAACAAUGUAUCUGUGAUCAAUUUUCUGCAUUACAUUAAGUACAGUAUUAAUUUUGCAUCAUUUUGUGAUUGCACCUUCUUUUAUUAUCAUACAUUUUUUAAUUUAAUGUUGCUAAAACUUGUGCCAUGGACCUGUGUGAUUGAUAAAAAGAUAGAACCUUUUAUUGCUAGUUAAACUAAUAGAAACAUGCUGUAGAGCCUAAUUUCUGAUCAGUUCAUGAUGAUGAUGAUGACGACGACGACCUUUGAUUGCUGUGUGUCUGUGUGAACAUGUUUAAUGAUCAUUUAUCUCAGGUAUCGACAUACCAUAGGUUAAUACUUUUUUUCCUCCCUCUCUGAAAUGGUUAUCUUUGCCUUAAAUGGGCAAUAAGAAACUAUGUAUAAUAUGUUUAUGUAGUGUUAUAGAUUAUAGUAUGUUGAGAAAAUUGUUGUAAUGACUUACUACCAUUUCCCACCUCUUGACUUGAAAUAAAACUCUUCACAUCAGACUGAACAUUGAAAGUUGUUUUUGUGUUCAAUAACCUUAGUGUGAACAAAAGAAAAUAUCUUAGUUUGUAAUAUUUUCCUAAGUGAUAAUUUUUAACAAAGUACAUUUUAACAUUUUUUGAAAAGCCUUAGUGCUUGUGAUAAAAUGUAAGUUCUUGACUGUGCACAAAGUAAAUAAGCCCUCCAAGGCAGUUUUUCUGUGGCAAAAUGUAACCACUCCCUGAGCUUUCAAACGAGCCCUCAACCAUCUCUACAUGAUCUGGGGACAUCACAAUUGUUAUAAUUCUUAAUUUAUGUAAACUUUCUGCACACCAAAGAAGUGCCAAAAAAAUUAUCAAGUUCUUUUAAAUAAUGGAGAUUAUUGUAUCAGAAAAUAUUACUUAUGGAAGGUCUAAAACACUGCAGCAAUGUCUUUUCUCAGAAAAAUUGCUGAGGCAAAUUUUAUCUUGCUUCAUAUAUAUCUUCCCAGAAAGGUACUUCUAUAAUAAGACUCAACUCUUCAAGCAACACUGUUUUCAUGGAAACAUGGGGUGGGGGUGACCACACACCUGUGUAAUAGCUUAACAGCCUACAAGUUAAAUUUAAGAACUUUUUUUAAAUUUAUUAUUAUUAUUAUUAUUAUUAUUAUUAUUAUGGAUUAUAGAAAAACUUUGUUAAUGAUUACACCAAAUAUUUAUCAAUUUUUUAAAUUUUCACAUUAGAAAUAAGAUCACAAUAUUAAAAGCAUGAAUUUUUCAUCAAUGUACUAUGUAACAAAGACAGUUGUUUAAAACAAAUACAAUUUUUUAUAAUUUUAAUCAAACUAUAGUAUUGGAGGGGAUUGAAUGGUAUUCACAAAUGAUAAAAGACAUAACUAGUGAGUCCUAGCAGUUUGUCUAAUUUCUUUUUUAUCAUAGCUGAAUUCAAGCCCAAAUAUGUAUCCCUGAAUAUUCAAAUAAAGUCAAAUUAUGUAC